AUGAUCCAGAGGGAGAAAGAGGCGCAGUUUCAUCCCUGCAAAAGCCUGGCACGCCAGCCACAAUUGACUGCAGAGGCCCGGUGUAAGCUGGUCAGCUGGCUUAUCCCAGUACACAAACAUUUCCGUCUGUCCUUUGAGUGCUGCUGCCUGGCAGUGAACAUCAUGGACAGGUUCCUGGCAUCCACACCUGUGGCUGCUGACUGCUUUCAGCUCCUAGGUGUCACUGCACUUCUCCUAGCCAGUAAACAGGUGGAGGUUUGCUCACCACGAAUCAGCCAUCUCUUGUCAUUGUGCUGUAAUGUGUUCACUAAAGAGCAACUCUGCAACCUGGAAUGUCUUGUCCUGCUUCGUCUUAACUUCCGCCUCUCUGCACCCACGCUGGCCUUUUUCCUCGACUAUUACACCAACUGCAUUGAGGCUGCCCAGCUGGUGACAGGGAACAGAAGUGAUGACGGAUUUUCAAGAAUGAAUCCUGACACAAAGACUUCCAGUCAGUGCAGCAAACUUGCACAAAAGGUUUGCGAGUUGAGUCUCGCAGACUAUGCUUUCAACAAAUACCCACCAUCACUGACUGCUAGCUGUGCACUGAGAGUAGCUGUUCUGCAGACAGAGCUGAAUUUGGCGGAGAUGCAAAUAGAUGGAAAAACGUUUGAUGGUAUUUGUCCCAACCAAAUGGGGCAAACCUGGAAGAGAGCUGUCGCAAACAAAACGGAUAAAGUGCUGGUGCCAAGAAGCAGCAGUCCAGUCACUGUGUAUGUUGAGCUUCCAUGCAUCAUUGAACAAGCUUUCUCCACCAUUGCAUGGGAUGAUUUGGAAGAUUGUGCGUCCGCCGUGAGACAGGAGAGAGACUCCCUCGGGUCUCAGGUAAACCAGUCGGAUGCAAAUGACCAAGACUUUGGAGAAUAUGGGCUGGAUUUCAUGGCAGAGUCUCCUACCACACUGGAGAGCAAUCUGUCUCCAGAUGAACUAGUACCUUUUCAAGGAUGUAUUAUACCUCCCCUCACCCCUCAGCGGGACUUCUCUCCAGAAAACAGUCUGGUUAACUCAUCUACAGAAACAGGCAACCCACCUGCCCAGGAUGGAGAUCCCUGGAAAGGGAUAGCAGAGUGCCAUGGAAGGGCUUUGGGACACAGCAUAGCAGUCAACAAACAGCUCCACGAGUCCCUUCACACACAACAAGAAGAGAUCGAUUCUCUUGAGGAGAGGAACCUUCACCUCAGGCAGCUGGCUAGUCGAGCAAAGCACCUGGCCUCAGUGCUUGAAAAAUUGAUGACGGUCAGAGACUCACAUGUAAGAGAGCCAGUAAUGCCUUGUGGUGGUGAUAAAGCCUCGCUGAGUCCCUGUAAGCGACAGCGACUUGAUGAAGGAUAUGAAACAGAAUCCUCUGACUCAGUGGAGGACAUGUUGAGGGAUAUUAGCACACGCUGCAAUGCUGUCCUGCACAGCAGAGCUACUGAAACAAGACUGCAGCAGGAUUUAGAGACUAUAUGCAUGUAUGGCGCAUUCUCAGGCCUGCAGACGUCCAUAGCUAAAGACAGCGCCGUGACUGUGGAUGCAGCAGAAGCUGGAGAGAGUGUCUCAUCUUUUAGAACCUCUGUUAGAGAACACUGCACCAUAAGGACCCAGGUCUUUCCUCAUGGACACGCCUUUACCUCGAGGACUCAGCAGGGCGGAUACCGCUUUCGCUGGGUUCCCAACCAAAGCUGA